UGUGUCGGUUUUUAUUUAGCAAAAUGGUUCGCGUUGGAUUGCAAAUCUCUGCUACUCUCGAAAAUAUUGAAAAACUCGAAACACAUUCUGAUUAUGCGUAUUUCUUUAAACUAACCUGCAGUAAUUGCGGUGAGACAUCAGAAAAAUGGCAUGAUAUUACGGAGUCGGAGCGUACACAGCAAGAUUCGCGCAAUACUGCAGGUUUCAAUUUCUUUAUGAAAUGCAAAAUGUGCGCAAGGGAAAAUAGCAUUGACAUCGUAGAAAAAUCGAAUGUGCCUUAUACCGCUGACGAUGCAGGAAAAUUCAAGACAAUUGCAAUUUUUGAUUGUCGCGGCGUUGAGCCGGUUGAAUUUUCUCCUCGAACCGGCUGGAAGGUUCUAUCAGCAGACAAUGGACAAGCCUUUGAAGACGUGGAUCUAUCCGAAGAUGAUUGGGUCGAGUACGAUCAAAAAAAUAAGAACUCAGUGGGCAUUUACGAGUUUGCCUCUAAAUUCGUCAAGCUAAAGAAAUGAAAGACAAUUUCAAUAGAGCAUUUGAUAAAUAUAA